AUGAUUCUUGAAAUUGAUAAUAGUAUAAACCCUUACUAUUUCAUCUUCGCAGGUUUCUGUUCUUGGUUAUUGUUGGCAGGAUUCCUCGUAUCACCAUCUACAUAUGCCUCUGUGCAACACACAAAUGCUCUUGACAAGUCAGGAGAGGUUGGAAAGUCUAUAAUAAAUGCCGUCCGCAAUGUUCCUCUAAUCUACAUCGCUUCCUUUGCGUGUCUAGGUGCUACAGUGGGCUUGAUCUGGCUUUGGCAUAGAUGGCGUCUCAAUCAUAUCUGGAUCAGUCGUUAUCUAAUCGUCCCCACGUUAAUGCAUUCCGCUGUAGGGCUUGGAACGGCUAUCCUAAACAUUUACAGCAUUCAAGGCGGCCAAUGGUCGAUUACUGCAAUAGUCACGGUUAGUAUAGUCGGAGCAUGGCUUGUAAUAUCUGUUGGGCUUUAUAUAUUGUAUAACUUUUUUCUGUUGCCACGUCUGAAGGAACUUCCAGGUACAAGAAUGAUUUGA